CGGCGGGCGGCGGCGCUCGGAGGAGCCGCGGCGGGGAGGCGAGGGGGAGGCCCGCCGCCGGGGCCGCCCCGGGGCCGCCGCCGCCGCCGGGAGCGGGCGGGGGCCCCGUCGGAGGCGCGGGGAUGACCCUGUCGGGAGGCGGCAGCGCCAUGGCCGGGCAGAGCGCGCUGGCGGCGGAGGACGUGGACAUCGACGUGGUGGGCGAGGGAGACGACGGGCUGGGCAAGGAGAGCGACGGCGAGGCCCGCAGCCCCGGGGCGCCGCCGCUGGACGGGGCGGCGGAGCCGGCGCUGCCCGCCGAGGUGGGAGCCGAGAGCGGCAGCAGCGGCAGCGGCAGCCCGGCCCCGGCGGGCCCCGGCGGAGCGGCCGAGGGCGGCAAGGGGGGCGGCGGAGGCGGCGGCGGCGGCGAGGACGGGGCGAGCGGAGCGGCGGCGGCGGCGGCGGGGCAGAGCAAGCCCAAGAGCAGCCUGGUGAAGCCGCCCUACUCGUACAUCGCGCUGAUCACCAUGGCCAUCCUGCAGAGCCCGCAGAAGAAGCUGACGCUGAGCGGCAUCUGCGAGUUCAUCAGCAACCGCUUCCCCUACUACCGGGAGAAGUUCCCCGCCUGGCAGAACAGCAUCCGCCACAACCUCUCGCUCAACGACUGCUUCGUCAAAAUCCCCCGGGAGCCCGGCAACCCGGGCAAGGGCAACUACUGGACGCUGGACCCGCAGUCCGAGGACAUGUUCGACAACGGCAGCUUCCUCCGGCGGAGGAAGCGCUUCAAGCGGCACCAGCAGGAGCACCUGCGGGACCAGACGGCGCUCAUGAUGCAGGGUUUCGGCGCCUACGGCCUGGCCGGGCCCUACGGCCGCCCCUACGGGCUGCACCCCGGCGCCUACCCGCACCCCGCGGCCGCCGCCGCCGCGCUGCAGUACCCCUACAUCCCCCCCGUCGGGCCCAUGCUGCCGCCCGCCGUGCCGCUGCUGCCGUCCAGCGAGCUGAGCCGCAAAGCCUUCAACUCGCAGCUCGGCCCCAGCCUGCAGCUGCAGCUCGGCAGCCUGGGAGCCGCCGGCUCCAUCGUCAAGUCGGAGCCCAGCAGCCGCCCGUCGUUCAGCAUCGAGAACAUCAUCGGCGGCCCCGCCGCCAGCUCGGCGGCAGGAGCCCAGACUUUCCUGCGGCCGCCCGUCACCGUGCAGUCGGCCCUCGUGGCCCACCAGCCGCUGGCACUCGCCCGGACCACCGCGGCCAUCGCCCCCAUCCUCAGCGUGCCUACCAACAUCAUCGCCGGCCAGUUCCUGCAGCCCGCCGCCCCGGCCGCCGCCGUGCAGGCCAAGUGGCCGGCUCAGUAGCCCAAGUGGCCGGCCCGGUAGCCAGGGUGGCCGGCCAGGUAGCCCAAGUGGCCGGCCCGGUAGCCCCCGGGUGGCCGGCUCGGUAGCCAGGGUGGCCGGUCCGGUAGCCCCAAGGUGGCCGGCCCAGUAGCCUAAGCGGCCGGCCCGGUAGCCCCGCCGUGCCCCUCGGAUGGAUGGAUGGAUGGACGGACGGACAGACGGCCGGCCGGCCGGACAGACAGACAGACCGCUGCCGGCAGCGCCUGCCGCUGCUUUUCGGGCUUUUUAUUUUUCUAAAGAGGCGAAAGGACGGUCGCGACCAGCAGCCGCGGGCUUUCACUUUUUUUGAAGGUUCCGGCGCUCCGAGCGGUUUUAUCCGAAAUAAGCGAGAGAACGAAAAAAAAAAAAAAAAAGAACGGGAAAAAAAAAAUGUAUAAAGAAAUAAGCGGGGAAAUUUUAAAUAGUUAAACGAACGAACAGCAGGCAACAGCGAGAAAAAAAAAUUGGAGACGAAAGAAAAAAAAAAAAAGGAGGAAAACGCUGUCAUUCUAUUAGAGAAGUCUGUUUAUAUAUGAAUGAAUAUAUGUAUUCUAAAUGUUAUCCCUUCGUGUUGUACACAACUUUGUAAAUAAAUUUUUAAAACGCUC